AGAGUUGCAUAUGAUGGAUACAACAACCUGGCAUAAAAUGAGAGGUUCCCAGAUGGUAGUGGCCAUGAAGGCAGUUUCUCUUGCCUUUGACUUGGACAAAGGCAUAGUGGAGAAAUUUCCCUCUCCAGUUGAGUUUAUGGGCUACAUUUACUUUGUGGGGACGGUCAUCUUUGGGCCUUGGAUCAGCUUCAAUAGCUACAUGGAUGCGGUAGAGAGUCGAAAACUUAGUGUCUCCUGGUUUUUGAAGUCAGUCUUCAGCUGUGUGAAGAGCCAGCUCUGUCUGGUAAUUUCCAACUGUAUUGCACCCUAUCUCUUUCCAUAUUUCAUCCCGGUCUUUGGAGACAAGCUGCUCCGCAACAAGAAGCGAAAGAUUAG